GGUUGACCCGUAUCGAUGUGGAAAACUAGUUACCGAAUGUUGCGUUCUGCUCCGAGCAUAUAUCAACACCUGAGAUCUUGUUCUACGUUGUGACAGUGAGAAAGACUGCAAAGAUCAAAGCGAGAAAUCAACCCAAAUGGCUAGACAAGCCACUAAAAUCAUUAAAUCUGUGGCCUCUACGAUUCACCCUCACAUUCCCGCUGUAUCUCCUUUUGCUCCAUCUUCUUCUUCUUCUGCAUAUUCUCUGUUGCAGUCCCGCUCUCUGGCCGCUGCUUCUUCGCCGUCGCCGGCUGUCUUUGUUGACAAGAAUACCCGGGUCAUUUGCCAAGGAAUCACUGGCAAGAACGGCACUUUUCACACUGAACAAGCCAUUGAAUAUGGCACCAAAAUGGUUGGUGGAGUGACACCUAAGAAGGGUGGGACAGAACACUUGGGACUUCCUGUUUUCAACACUGUUGCAGAAGCAAAAGCUGAAACAAAGGCCAAUGCGUCAGUGAUAUAUGUUCCUCCACCUUUUGCUGCUGCUGCUAUUAUGGAAGCCAUGGAAGCGGAAUUGGAUCUGGUUGUUUGCAUCACAGAAGGAAUCCCUCAACAUGACAUGGUUCGUGUGAAGGCUGCACUAAACAAGCAAUCAAAAACUAGACUUAUUGGUCCAAACUGUCCUGGCAUUAUCAAACCUGGAGAAUGCAAGAUUGGAAUUAUGCCAGGAUACAUUCACAAGCCAGGACGUAUAGGAAUUGUUUCUCGAUCUGGCACAUUGACUUAUGAGGCGGUCUUUCAAACAACUGCUGUUGGUCUAGGGCAAUCUACUUGUGUAGGUAUUGGUGGUGAUCCUUUCAAUGGUACAAAUUUUGUUGACUGCCUGGAGAAGUUUCUUGUAGAUCCUCAGACUGAAGGUAUCAUUCUUAUUGGUGAAAUAGGAGGUACUGCAGAGGAGGAUGCCGCUGCUUUGAUUAAGGAAAGUGGAACUCAAAAGCCUAUUGUGGCAUUUAUAGCUGGACUUACUGCCCCACCAGGGCGUCGCAUGGGUCAUGCUGGAGCUAUUGUAUCUGGGGGAAAGGGUACUGCCCAAGACAAAAUCAAAACUCUGAAGGAAGCUGGAGUGACGGUGGUGGAAUCUCCAGCAAAGAUUGGUGCUGCCAUGCUUGAUAUAUUCAAAGAGAGAGGUCUUGUGAAUUAAUUUUUUGUUUCCUUGUACUCACUUUACUGUGAGUGCUUUCAUACAAACUUAUAAUAUAUCAAUUUCCUUGGACUGCUCGAUGGGCAAGCUCCCAGGUGCUGAAGAGAAUUUCAAGCCAUAGAUUUUCCCGGUGAUUUUUUUUUCCUGGAUGGAAUCUUAGUUUUUGCAGUGCAAACUGCUAACAGAAACAAUAGGAACUGAUGAUUUGGUAUUAGUUUGUAAUAAAAUGAUACGGAAUGUCCUCAACCUUUUGGAAAUCUUCUUGUUAAGAUCUGCAAAGAUUAUAAUCCUUGUUUAUUCA